AUGUUAUUUGAGCCACAAGAGCAGACCAAGCUACGGUGGAAGUGUGCAAAAGCCAAGGACAACAAUGCAGACCGACUAGAUGAAGAUCUGAAGAACCACUGGCAGGAGGAGCAGGAAUGUGCUCUGCACGCAGAGCAGACGUGUUUGGAAGACGACGCACACACCUUCAUAGAGCGAUGUGACAGACAUCCCCGCAACAUUGGCACUGAGGUCAACGGACACGCUCAAGUCCAUCGUGUGUCUGGUGCUAACCAGGCCUCUGACACUUCAAGGCCAACUGGGGAGAUCAUCGACAUCACCCAGGAAGCCGACAAUUCUGAUUGUCCUUCCCGGUGCCACCCACAGAGCUUGUCCGGUAUCACGGACAACACUGUCACGCGGCCAUGCAAACGUCGACGUCUCGACGUUUGCAACGACGACGUCAUUGAUCUCACACAAGAUCACCAAUCAGAGGUUUCAUUGAUCUGGGCAUAUCUCGAGGACAGCACAAAUCCCAUGCAUUACACAUUUGACAACUUGAAGAACACAAGGCGACCGUCGUCCUUGAUCUUCACUCGGUGGGGUCUGGGUCUUACCGAUCCAAUCAGCAUGUGGAAGAGCGCUGAACAGAAGUGGACCUUCAUGCACGUCGAGAAGGCGGUAGAUCUACCAUACUCUCUUUGUGCAAACGAGAGCCUUGUGUGGUGCAAAUGGAGGGUACAGGAGCUGCGGAAGCUGGACCUGGUUACGGACUCCAAUGAUGCAGAGGGCCCCAGGUGGCCUACUGAAGACAGCCUAUGGCAUGUGCAAGUUACCUCAACAUAG